CUCACGUAUAUAAACAUCCCAUUUGCUUCGUUCCUAAUUUCCUGUUCCGCAGAAAACCCUAGAGCUCAGCAUUCCCUCUGCUUUUUCACGAGAUGGCAAAGUCGAAGAACCACACAGCUCACAACCAGUCCUACAAGGCCCACAAGAAUGGCAUCAAGAAGCCAAAGAAGCACCGCCACACUUCCACCAAAGGGAUGGAUCCAAAGUUUUUGAGGAACCAGAGGUAUGCAAGGAAGCAUAACAAGAAGAGCGACGAGGGAUCUGCUGAGGAAGAGUAAACUGCUACUAUCGAAUGGAGCUAUUAGGGUUUUUCAUUUAGAUUCCUUAUUCAAGCUCUAUAUAUGUUUUGGUGUUAACAUUUUGUUUUAAUCUAAAUUCAGUAGUAUAGUUCAAUUUUAUGGAUACUUAUGGGUUUUAAUUAAUCCAGAGAUAAUGAUGUGCUUUGUUGGUGAUUUCUGUUAAAGACCAUUUAAAGUUUUUCAGUGAAAUAUUUAGUUCCAUGUGUUUUUCUCC